GCAGAGAGAGACCACCGCCCUAAGGCUCACACUGGUACGAAUAGCCAAUUCAAACAGGAACACGCUGGGCCUCUUCAAAUUGCCUCUGGUGGUUCAACUUGACAAUGUCUGUCGGUGCAGGACAGGAAGAUCAGGACGAAGCAGAGAUUGCAAAGGCUGGGGAGGCCCUGCGUGACACCGAUGACCUGCUUUCACGGCUCAGAGAAGGUAUACACACGGCCCCCUCUUAAUCAUCAGUGGUGAGUGUUCGUGUGUUUGUGUUCAGCGACUAGGGACGUUCGGCGGCGCCUCUCGUAAGUGCCCGCCCCGCUGCUAGUGUCCUGCACGUUGUCUGAAAGUGAAGUGAAGCUCUUGUGCGGUGCGGAUCAUGCCCGACAAGUCUCUGCAGCAGGUCAUUGAUUUCUGGGCUUCCCUUCUGUAUGUCCAAAGGGAGGACCCCCUCGAUGAGCACGACACGGGGGGCCUGCUGCCCGCCAUCCAGGCCCCUUCGGUGCACCACCCGCCACCGGUGGCAGCAUCACCACAGAAGGCGACAGAUUACAGGGAGUAAGCAAGGGAGGAGUGGACAGAUGGCUCUCAGGGGAGACAUGGAGCGUUUUGUUGUCAGCCUGUACAGUGUUCAGCAGAGCGUGUCGGCGUCUCUGCACCAGGGCCUGCCUUCGCUCACUGAUCGGCACCGUCGAGGAUCGGAGUAUUUGUCGAAGCUUCAGGCGGCCAACGUGCAGCUCAAGCAGCAGCUGAAAGACAUGUGCGAGCAGGUGGAUGCCGUCCUCACACAUGUACGCGGCCACAAAGUGGGAAAAAGACAAGGGAGAAGGCUCACUUGGCGAGGGUUCAGAUAAGCAAGACCGCCAAGGACUCACGAGAGGAGGCUGUGACGCGGGCACUGAGAGGUGAGGAGGGGAGACGGAGACAUAAUAUUGAUCAGUGGGCGAGACACACACCACGUUUGGUGUGUCAUCAUAUCAUGCAUCAGCCAAGGAUGAGGAGCUUCGCAACGCCCACAAGCGUCUGGAGAUCUACAGGCGUGACAUCGCGGCACUCAAACGACAGCUCGACGAGAACGGCAACAUCGAGCGGGUAACUAACUAUUCACAGGACAGGUGGGAUCUUUCGAUGUACUCGCAUGGAUGGAUGCAGGUGCUGGCCCUUGAGAGUGAGGUCAAGCAGAGAGAAAGGCAGCUGGAGCAGCUCAUGGUAGGCAGGCAGACACCCAGGCGAGUCAGCCACCAUGGACACUCCCACUUCCCUGCCUGCCUGCCUGCCUGUAGAGGGACAACAAGGGUCUGCAGCGCGUCCAGCGUCAGCAGGAAAGAGCGCUUGCCGACGCAGCACACGCCAACGCAGAGAUCCCCACAAGGGUCAGCCGCCCGGACAGCCAGCCACACCACGUCGAUCGCCUUGUCCCUCCCUGCUGUAUAUCUAUCCAUAGAUUCGGCAGCUGAAUGAGGAGCUGCGUCGGUUGAAGGUGGAGAACCACGCCUUGAAGGCCAAGCAGCAGGAAAUGGAGCAGGCGGCCAAGAAGCAGCACGGCCAGUGCAUCGACCUGGAAGGAAAACUCAGGUCGGUGCACAGCACAUGAGGCAGGUCACCCACGCACGCACGCACGCACGCACGAGUGAGCACGCACGUGUGAUGAUUGGAUGACAGGAAGUACACACUUCUUCUGAAAGGCAAGAUCGAUGUGACUGACUUGCAGUCGCACAAAGCCAAGUCGCCGCCGCCUCAUGUAAGUCAGUGAGCACCAUGCGUUCCCCCCGUUUCAGACAAUCGCCGUUUUAUCCAUUCAGGAAGUGCCGUCAGAGGAGCUUGAGCGGCUGUCACGGGAUCUGCAGACCGUCAGAGAGGCACGAUCGAGGGACGAAGCCAAAAAUAAACGGGCGGUGAGCUGGAAAGGCGAACAAUCCGACGCAUUGCACGUGACUCGCCUCGUUCUGUCAGAUGCGCGUGCAGGAGGCGGAGCUUAAGGUGCUGCACGGGCAGAUUGAGGAGCUCGACGCACAGCUGAGAGCCAAAGACAAUGUGAGCCACUCAAGGGUAGCCGCCUACACACAAGUGUCCAAACACGCCAUUGCAGGAGUAUCGGAUGAACCAAGUGAAGCUGAACGAGAUGAGGCGGCUCCUUCGGCAGCACAACGUCCGAGGCGCGCACGUGUUGGUGCCGUCAACGGGCGCCGCGCCACCCAGCGCUCCGCCGCUCCCGCAAGAGGGAGAGGAAGAGGUGCUGCGGGCGGCACUGGUGGAGAAGGAGCAUAGCAAGCCAUCAGGUGAGUGUGAAUAAGAGCGGGAGACACGGACACCGGGAGUGAUGGAUGUCUCGGUGUUUUCCCUGUCGGUUGUCAGUGGCCCCUCCUUCGAUGCCAGCAGUCCAGCAGAGUGUGGACAUAUGGCGGAUGCAGGUUGGUGGAUGCUGGGGAAGGGAGACAAGACGCUCGGAUGGAUGAAAAACGACGGUGUCAGUCCCUCUCUCUCUCUCUCUGUGUGUGUGUGUGUGUGUGUGUGUACGGUUCGAUACAUACAGAAUGACCACCUUCAUGUACAGCAGAGCUACGAGCAAGAGGAUUUUGAGGACUACGACGACAUGGACUGACUGACGGGGGUAUAGAUGGAUGGAUGGAUGGAUGGAUGUAUAUGUAGCGGGUGGACGGGACGGAAGCGAGAAAUUGUGACAGACUCG